UGACAUGGCUAUUUUUGAAAGUCAGAUUGAUAAAUGAUAAGAAGCAUUACGAUGGCAGCUACACAAAGUGCUGAAUUUUCCAUCAUGAUUUUCACGAUCGUAGCCAUAAUUGCAGUAAUCAUAGCCCCUGUUGAAACUAAUCCCUGCCCUCAUGGUUGGGUACAUCAUGCAUCCUCCUGUUACCUGUUCAUUUCGGACGUCCACAAGGACUGGAGGGGGGCGAUGUCACACUGUAAUGUUCUUCAAGCAAAAUUGGUGGAAAUCGAGACAGCUGCCGAGGACGAGUUUAUUCGCUUACAUUUGAAGAACAACAACUAUACCGGUCAAUUUUGGAUGGGACUUUCUGAUAUUCUAAGAGAGGGUGAGUGGGUGUGGAUGUCUUCCCAGAAAGUGGCUACGUACACCAACUGGGGCCCGGGGUUACCGGACAAUUAUGCAAAUAAUGAAGAUUGUGGUACGCUUUGGAAUCACUACGGAUUUCUAUGGAACGAUAAAUACUGCGGACACCAUGUCAAUUUUAUUUGUGAGAAUGAAAUGUUGGAAGGUAUGCUAGUGGGAUAAAGGAUCACACACACCAUCAGCUGUAGACGUCUAAUAACUAAAUUA